AAUUAUUACUCUUCAGUCAACCAGCAGUCUGCACGCGUAUGUGUAUUUUUUCUAAUUAUAUGAAUUAAAUACACAAAAAAUGUUAAAUUUAUUAAACAAAACUACAUUAAGGCUGCUUCCUGCUGUCCGUUCUAUAUCACAAUCUGCAACAGCUAGAACCGCUACUGAGCAGAUUAAAGAAGAACCCUCAAAGCCAGUUGUUAAGUCAACAAACGCACCGGCUUUAAUUUUGCCACAAAAUUUUGAGCAGUAUUCUCCAGUGAAUCUAAAAGAUUGCAGGCAAGCUUGGAUAGAAAGUUUCGAUGGUGUGGCUGAAGAAAAAUUGGGUUUGAUUGAGUUGCAUCCCGAUGUAUUUGCCACUCAACCUAGGGUAGAUGUUAUACAGGAGAAUAUUGAAUGGCAGCGUAAAUAUCGUUAUGUAAGUUUUGCCACCACCAAGUCUAGAGCGGAAGUACGUGGUGGUGGUCGUAAGCCUUGGCCUCAAAAAGGUGGCGGCAGAGCAAGACAUGGUUCUUUAAGAUCACCUAUUUUAAAAGGUGGUGGCGUAGCUCAUGGGCCCCGUUCACCUACCACUCACUUCUAUAUGUUGCCCUUUUUCAAACGCGUUUUGGGUUUAACAUCUACCCUUAGUGUUAAGUUGGCUCAAGAUGAUUUGCAUGUAAUCAAAGAUGUUGAAAUACCUAGCAGAGAUCCCGAAUUCAUACUUGAUCUAAUAAAGGAAAGAAAUUGGGGUCCAUCUGUCUUAAUAGUGGACAAGAACGAUAUCUUUCCCGAAAAUAUUUGUUAUGCCACGGAUCAAUUGGGUUUUGUUAACCUAAUGCCUGCCUAUGGCUUAAACUGUUAUUCAAUGUUGAAACAUGAUACUUUGGUGUUGACUGUAGAUGCUGUUAAACACAUUGAAGAACGUUUGUUGUAUCAACUUCAUCGCACGGAUGCUUAUGCUAAGGAGCAAAAGUUCAAAUUAGAUCAAGUUUAGUUUUUGCAGUUUUUGUUUAUUAAUAAUUCAAAUGAAAUAUAUAAAAAUAAUAAAGUAAAAUUUUUGUUUA